GCUGCUCGAGCGACGAGACAUGGCGGAGCUCUCACUCAGGGAGCUCCCGAAGAAGUUUCCACCACUUCUGAACAAGUCGAAACAACUCGAUAUGUAACCGGCUGGCGUGUCGGCAGAGCGGGGCUUUAAGAGGCAGCGAGCGGCUCUCUCUCUCUCUGCUCUCUCCCUCCCUCUCUCUCUCUCUCUCUUUCUCUCGGCGUGUUUUUGUUCCGGGGAGGACGGAGCGGCGGCGUUUGGGGAAAAUGUGUUGUCAUCUCCGAGCAGUCAACAGCCUUGGGCAACAAAUAUGGCUACUUCUGGUGUAUCCUUCAAUUCGGGUUGAGAACCGUCCCGAGCGGGUGAGUUCCUCCGAGUCGCGGCAGUAGUCCGAAGUAAAGUUGGCUAGCAGAGAGGCGGCGGCGGCGGCGGGGUUUGCUAACGCGGAGGGAGGAGAUGGAGCCCAAGCAUAAAGAGUUGUUGGAGAAAUGUUACCAGAACUUGGUGGAGUCGAUCACGGAUGCGGACCGGGUCGUGGAUGUUUUGGCGCACCGCGGGACCCUCAGCCAGUCCGAGCGCUUCGAGCUGGGACACAACUGCUCCUCCAGCUCGGAGAAAGUGGACCUUCUGCUCAAGAUCCUGCUGAGCAAGGACAGGGACCAUUUCGCGGAGUUCUGCACGGCUCUGGAGACGACGCACCCUCACCUGCACUCCGUGCUGCUCAAUGGCAUCGGACCAGUGGAUCAUACAACCGGGUCCACUUACAGCGUCUUGUCCACCAUGCCAUCUGACUCGGAAAGCAGCAGCUCCCUCAGCAGCUUAGGUACUCCCGGUCAAGCCUCCUCCCCGCCGCCCGCUCACAUGGAGAGCCAUCAGGUGAACGAGAAGAUGGAGACCGUCCUGUUCCAGCUGCGGCAUGUGACGCGCGAAAGGGACGAGCUGCGCAAACGCCUUGCGCUCUCCUCACCUGGAACGACUUUCGAUGACUGCAGACCAAACUCAAAAGCGGGUCACGACUAUGAGCGUUUAAAGCUGCAGUGCAUGAAGGCAAUGGCGGACCUGCAAUCCCUGCAGAACCAGCACAGCACCACCCUGAAGAGGUGCGAGGAGGCUGUGAAGAAAGCAGACUUCUACCAUACGCUACACAGCCGUCUGGCAAGCGAGCACACCCAGCUGAAGGACGAGCUGGAGGCAGUGAGACAGGACAACAUUCAGCUGGUCCGGGAGCACAACCACGUGAAGCAAGCCUGCGAGGAGCUCCGGAGGCUGCGUGAGGACGACCAGAGGGAGGUGGCUGAUAUGAGGAUGCUGCACCAGCAGGUACCGGUGAUGAGAGAAGGAUCUCCUGAUGUCCUGAACAAGCUGUAUGACACAGCCGUGGACAAGCUGGACGCCAUGAAGGUCGACUACGAGGCCCUGAGGAAGCGCUUCAAUGAGAAGACGGCCAGCCACAACGCUGACAUGAGUCGUCUGGACCACGCCGAAGAGGAGAACCACCGGCUGCAGAAACAGCUGGACAUGCUGCUGAAGCAGAGGGACGCUGCCAUCCACUAUCAGCAGCAGUACUCCUCUUCUAUAAGAAGGUUUGACAACACGCAGCAAGAACUGUCCAAGGCCACUGCCCAGAAUCAGGAGCUGCAGCGAGAAAUGGAGCGGCUGCAGUCGGAGACGACUCGGCUCAAGACCCAGCAGCUGAAAGCGGCCAAGGACUCCGAGAAGUACAAGGAAGAGCGGGACUCUGUGAUCAACGAAUACCGCUUGAUCAUGAGCGAGCGAGACCAAGUGAUCAAAGAGGUGGACAGGCUUCAGACGGGUCUGGAGAUGGCAGAAGCCAAGCUCAAGAACACUUCCUCAGAGAGGAGGGUGGCCAGCGAGGAGCUGGAGGCUUUCAGACAGGAGCUGGCUUCAGCGCUGGUGGACAGAGAUCGGGCGAUCUGCGAAAAGAACGAGCUGCUGGAGAAGUACUGCCACGAAGUGAAGGACAAGGCCGAGGCCCAGAAGGAGCUGAGCCAGGCCUGCAAGGACAUCGAGACGGUGCGGGAGGAGAGGGACGUGGCCCGCAAGGAGCGGACGGAGGCCAUCAUCCAGAGGGACCAGCUGCUGCGAGAGUAUUACCAGGCCAGACAGCAACAAGACUCUGCCACCCUGGACAUGGAGCGCGCCAACAAGGAGAUUGAGAUGCUGCGGAAGCAGUGCGAGGCCAUCUCUCAGGAGCUAAAGGAGGCGCUGCAGGAGGCCGAGGUGGCCAAGUGUCGACGGGACUGGGCCUUCCAGGAGAGAGACAAGAUCGUGGCAGAAAGAGAGAGCAUUCGCACGCUGUGCGACAACCUGAGACGAGAGCGGGACAGGGCUGUGAGCGAUCUGGCGGACGCUCUGAGGAAUCUGGACGACAUGAGGAAGCAGAAGAAUGACGCCACGCGGGAACUCAAAGAACUGAAAGAAAAGAUGGAUGACCAGUUGGAGCAGGAUGCAAGGUACCGUCAGCUCAUGGCUCAUAGUUCCCACGACUCGGCCAUAGACACUGACUCAAUGGAGUGGGAGACCGAAGUUGUGGAGUUUGAAAAGCACAGAGACAUGGAUCUGAAAGCGCUGGGGUUUGAUAUUGCAGAAGGGGUAAAUGAUCCGUAUUUACCAGGAGACUGCGGCAUAUUUGUCACGAAGGUGGAUAAAGGAAGUAUCGCUGAAGGAAGACUGAGGGUGAAUGAUUGGUUGUUGAAGAUUAAUGACGUGGACCUGACCAAUAAGGACAGGAAGCAAGUGAUCAAAGUGGUGCAGAGUGAAGAAGGAGUGAUUAACAUGGUGGUGCGCAGACGGAAGUCGCUGGGCGGACGAGUCGUCACUCCCAUCCAGAUAAACCUGGCCGGACACAAAGACAGUGGUAUCGGUUUGGAAAGUGGAGUGUUUGUUGCCUCUUUGGCUGCAGGCAGUCCGGCUGCCAGAGAAUGCAAUCUAACAAUCGGUGACAGACUGUUGGCUAUAAAUGGCAUUGCUCUCGAUAACAAGUCGCUGUCUGAAUGUGAGUCUCUGCUGAGGAACUGCCGCAGUUCGCUCAGCAUCUCCCUCAUGAAGUUCCUCCCACAAAGCUAUUCCGGCCAAAGUUUGUUUGAAACCUUGAGAGACUCAGAAAAGAUACCUCGGCUCCAGUCCUGUGAGGUCCACUCUCGGAGCUGCAGGAACUCGAAGCACAACUGCUCCACGCAGACCGACACCUGUAGCUGCGACUUGGGCAGCAGAGAGGAAGAAACCUGCAAGGAUGCGGGCGACUCCCUGGAGAGCGGCGGCGGCGGCAGCGCCCAUCCCCACCACAAACCCUUCUCCAGCAGCUCCGUUCACUCCCGCUCCCAUUCCACGUCCCACAGCCCCUCCGAGCCUCACCCGGAGUUCUGCUACAGGAGGCAGGACUUCCACCACUGCGGCUUCACCUUCACCCCGGUUCCCUCCGACCGCGGCGCCGCUCAGGCCGCCGCUGUGGACAGAGCCCCCAGCCACCCAGUGAAGCCGUGUGGAGGCACGUGGCCCAAAGUGAUAGCGGGGGCUUCACUUCCUGAGUGCACGCAACUGUCGAUCUACAAAAAACCCAAACAGAGGAAGUCUAUCUUUGAUCUGAAUGCCUUCAGGAGACCGGAGGUGACUCCGAAGCUGGACUACAUGUCCCUGUCUCAGCUGCCCAAACAUUCGCCGCAGAGCUCGAUGUCUGAAUCUGCUCAGACGCCCCCGACUCCACCAACCAGGAGCGACUCCUUCAGGUUCAAGCACCGGCAGCAGAACAGCUCGGCGUCGGACUCCACCAUCACCACCGGCACGCCGCCGGCCUCCCCAGCCCAAGCUACAAACCCGCUGGACAAAGCCGAGGCAGACAGCCAGCUGUAUUACACUAAAACCGCUUCAGGAGAAGCAGCCAGCAGCUCCAAGAAACCUGCUGAGGAGGAGGGGAGUCGACACAAGAUAGAGAUGCCGGAAAAAAGGAGGUACCGGCCAAAAUCGGCACCAGCACUGCGGCGAAAUGUGACUCCACUGCACAUCCCCAUUCCCGUACAGGUACAGGUACAGACUUUCUCUAAUGAUCAGCACUCUCCAGAGCCAAUGGACUUGUUACGCUUCUCUCCUAUGAGAUCUAAUCGGUACAGCAUGCAAUUUGCACCGCCGAGCUACGGCAACACCGCAGCACACCCAGCUCAGCGAGGUUUAGCCCCGUGCCCUGCAGUAACAGCUGUCAUGAGGAACCCAGUCUACACGGCCUGGAGCCACGAGAUCCAGAACAACAGUGGGCCCCCACCGUCCAGCUCGGGAACCCCCGCAAACUCACACACAAGCCCCCAGCAUCAAGGUCGCCUCAGCCUGGACCUCAGCCACAAGCGCACGGGGGACUUGAUUGAGACGAGCUGCAGCCAACCGACACGCAACACCAACUCCUUGCCCUCGAGCAGCAGACUGAGCACUUCCGGUACGUUGCAGUUCAGGGCCGAACGCAUUAAGAUCCCUCCGGCCCGUUAUCCCCGCUCCGCUGGCUCGGACAGAGGCUCCCUUUCACAUUCAGAGUGCAGCAGCCCGACGCCGCCCAUGUCCCCCGUCAACCUGGAGACAUCGUCUUUCACCAGCAGCCAAUCGCAGAGCUCCAUUUCCACCCAGCCCAGGAUAUCAGUCAGCCCCGCUCCCAUUGGUGACAGGAGGAAAGAUGGGCCGUACCUGGAGGAGCCUCGAAACGUGACGGUACAGAAAGGAGCAGAGCCGCUGGGCAUCUCCAUCGUGAGCGGAGAGAACGGCGGCGUGUUCGUGUCCAAAGUGACGGCGGGCAGCAUCGCUCACCAGGCCCGUCUGGAAUACGGAGAUCAGCUCCUGGAGUUCAAUGGAAUCAACCUCCGCAAUGCCAACGAGCAGCAGGCGCGGCUGGUGAUCGGGCAGCAGUGCGACACGGUCACCAUCUUGGCUCAGUACAACCCGCACAUGUUUCAGCUGGGCAACCACUCUCGAUCAGGCUCUCGGAUGGAAUCCAUCAGCAACCAGCCGACGCCGCGAGACAGCGGCGCCAACACCCCCGACAGUCACUCCGUCAUCGACACUCUGAGCGAGCAGGACGAAGGCACCAUGACGCCGCCGUCCAAGCAGACAACCCCCGCCACCAGCCCUCACAGCUCCUUCAGGCUUCCUGGUUCAAGCGCUCGAAGGGCCGUCGAGCCUCGGACGGUGAGGCUGAAGAAAGUCCAGGUGGAGCUGGGAGUUCAGAUCUGUGGGGGGAACGUUUACGGCGUCUUCGUGGAGAGUCUGGACGACGACAGCCCCGCUAAAUGCCCCGACGGCCUGCUGCCUGGCGACCUGAUACUAGAGUACAAUGGCAUCAGCAUGAAGAAUAAAACUAAAGAAGACACUUACCUGGAAAUCUUGAAGCCGGCAGAAACCAUUACAUUUAAAGUCCAGAACUGUGCAGACAGCCUUGCAGCAAUCAAAGAAACUCCCGGAGAUGGAUUUUUCAUAAGAGCACUUUAUGAGAGGGUGGCGGAGGUGGAACAAGAGCUGAGCUUCAAGAAAGACGACAUCCUCUACGUCGAGGACACGCUACCAAAUGGCAACUUCGGCUACUGGAUGGCCUGGCAGCUCGAUGAGAAGGCGCAGAAGCUGGAGAAAGGACAAAUUCCAAGCAAAUACAUGAUGGACCAGGAGUUCUACAGAAGACACAGUAUGAUCGAUAUGAAGGACGACAACGGCGCCAGCAAAACUCUGUCCGCUGCGGCCCGCAGGUCGUUCUUCCGCCGGAGGCUAAAGCACAAGCGAAGUGGAUCCAAAGACGGAAAGGACCUGAUGGCUCUGGAUGCCAUCAGCACCGACUCCCUGCCCCUCACAGAGGACGGGGUGAGCCUGAUGUACCAGCGGGUUCAGAAGGUGGAGUGCGCCUCGCCGCGGCCCGUGCUCGUCUUCGGUCCUUUAGUGGAGGCCAGUAAAGAAAUGCUGGUGAAGGAGGCUCCCGACAAGUUCUGUCGCUGCCUGCCUGAAAUCAUGAAGGCGUCGCAGCACGCCAUCGAGCGGGGGGUGAAGGACUGUGUGUUCAUCGACUUCAAGCGCAGGAGCGGCCACUUCGACGUCACCACUGUGGCGUCAAUUAAAGAGAUUACAGAGAAGGACUGUCACUGUUUACUUGACAUUGCCCCUCACGCCAUCGAACGUCUCCACAGCGUUCACAUCUACCCAAUCGUCAUAUUCAUUCGCUACAAAAAUGCCAAGCAGAUAAAAGAGCAGAAGGACCCUUUGUACCUGCGGGAUAAACUCUCUCAGAAACAUUCCAAGGAGCAGUUCGAGGCGGCGCAGAAAAUCGAGCAGGAGUACAGCCGCUUCUUCACAGGCGUCGUCCAGGGAGGCAGCGUCUCCUACAUUUGCACUCAGAUCAUGACCAUCGUGGAGCAGGAGCAGAAUAAAGUGCUGUGGAUUCCAGACGGAGCGCCGUAGAGAUCCGCCUUCGCUGCAACCCGCCGCCACGCAGAGACUUUAGGCAGGGCGCCGUUUCUUUGGCAACUCGGUACACGGCCGGCGCCCCGAACUAUUUUUCACGUGUAGCAGCAUCGGCACCGAUGAUGAUCAUGCAAUAUCCCCACUACAAUAGUGAUGUACUGUACUACAGCUAGAUUUGUUUACACUAGUAUUUAAUACUUGAAUGUUUUCCUCUCCCUGGCGUCUCGUAGCACUCCUCUCCUCUCCUCUCCUCUUUAACCCCGUUUGACUCCACCUUGAACAUGUCGGACCACAAGAAGACGCUUCUUUUCAGAUGAAGAUAGAACGAAGCAGCGCGUUUCCUUCUGUAUUUAUCAGAUUUCCUCCCGUUGUAAUUUAUCUAAUCCAAUCAAAGACGUUGGUUAUGAACCUUUUGUUAUACUGUGUCUAGUUAAUAGGAAGGAUGCUAUUUUCCAAUUAAUGUUCUUAUUUAUAGAGGAGACAUUGUGGCAACUUUGCUUUUUUUUUUGAUAUUAUGUCGCCGUCUUGUGUUUUUAUUUUGUCGGAAGGCACCGUUUUUUUCAUUUCAGUCCUCAAAUAUGUUUGUGCCAAGCUAAAUAUACUUCUUAAUCACUACAUUUUCGGGUUUAUCAGCGCCACAGCUUCCAUUUUAAUUCAUACUGUUGGUUUGCUAGUUUCACCGUAGCUGUCCCAGUUUGUGUUCUACUGGUAUUGCCAAUUUUAUUCCUCUUGAUCAAGUGGAUUUGUUUUUGUUUUUUAAACGAAGGGAUGUUUUUAUUUCGGUUCAUGGUUCAUGGCUGUCAGUUCUACACAUUUGACACGUACCUCUUCAGUAAGUCACAAAUCAACAUUUCAUCUUAAAGUCUGAUGAAACACUUCAGGUCAGGUUUUCUGCUGAUGAAUUAUAAUAUUUCUAUAAAAUAUUAAAAUCACAGUACAUUUAAUGA